CACCCUUCUUCUUUCUCCUCUGUCACCACCAUUCCCACUUCUUACCCCUUCUUCUUCUUCUUCCUAACCAUCAAGGAAUCAAACCCAUUCUCCUAAGUUACCCUUAAUUCUCCAACCUGCCAUUACCAAUCAAGCAAAAGCUCACUAACCACCCUCUCUUCUCACUCUCUUCCGCCAUUGUUGCUCAGGAAGACGAAGAGCUCUGCCACACGCAGGCUGCAGCCUCUGAUCAAUUUCAAGCUCCCAUUCCUGAUUGGCAGAUGUGCACUACUGCCACAGUCCAUUUCACAUAUAUUUUUGUUGUUCUCCCUUUGCUUCUCUUCUCCUCUCUUCUUGAUCAGGGAGAGAGCAAGCUAAGGUGGUGAAGCAUGAGGAAAGGCAAUGCAAGAUUCCCAAAGUCAUCGUCAUGGCCGAGGACGAAAACGGUGGUGAAGAAAUGGCUCAACCUGAAGAAUGAGGAGUUUCAUUCAGACUGCAUCAACGAGAGCUUUGCGCAAGGGAGGCAAGAGAGGAGGAAGAGCUGCUCGGACAAAGAUGGCAGCCUUCUGACGGGAAGAGAUUUGUCAGGUGGUUGGCUGGUGGAGAGCUCUGAAAAUCUGAGACCUCCUGCCCGGUAUGGCUCACACCCAUCAAGUUCUUCGUGUCAACCUCCCAAGGAGCUUAGGAUGUUCGUGGGGACGUGGAACGUGGGAGGAAGAGCACCGGAUCAAGGGCUGGACAUCUCAAGCUGGCUCCUGGACCAGCAACCUGCAUCCUCCCCUGCUCACAUCUAUGUUCUUGGGUUCCAGGAAAUAGUGCCGUUGAAUGCGGGAAAUGUCCUUGGGGCUGAGGAUAAGGGGCCCACAUACAAGUGGCUCGAUCUCAUUCGCCGAGCUCUAAACCCUUCCUCCUCUGAAAGAAGCCAUAGUUUUCCUAGCAAUUACCCAUAUGCCACUGAAGCAAGUCCUGAGCGACCCAAAAACGAUAGGGUCAGCUUCUCGGACUUGCUAGCGAUGGAGGACAGACUCAGCAUGGUAUCAGAGCUAGACGACGACAGCGAGCCGUCGACCUCGAACCCAGAAUCGAGCAGCGAGGAGGAAACGACGGAUGUCGCGACGCGAUACCUGAGGUCGGCGGGGCAAGGGUACCGGCUAGCUGCCAGCAAGCAGAUGGUGGGGAUCUUCCUCUGCGUGUGGGUCCUGGCUGACCUGAUGCCAUGUAUCACAAGUCUCAGGGUGUCUUGUGUUGGCAGGGGCAUCAUGGGUUACAUGGGUAAUAAGGGGUCGAUAUCGAUAAGCCUGACGGUGCAAGGGAGCACGACGAUGUGCUUCGUGUGCACGCACCUGGCGUCCGGCGAGAAGGACGGCGACGAGGUGCGUAGGAACAGCGACGUCGUCGAGAUCCUCAAGAGGACGCGCUUCACGCGGCGGCGCCGGCUGUCCGCGCCGGCGGCGGCGGUGCCGUCGCCGGAGACCAUCUUGGAGCAUGACAAGAUCAUAUGGCUCGGUGAUCUGAAUUACCGGCUGACGGGCAGCGGCAGCGGCGACACGCAGGAGCUGCUCGACAAGAACGACUGGCAAGCAUUGCUGCAGAAGGAUCAGUUGCGAGUGGAGCAGAGAGCCGGGCGGGUGUUCGGGGGAUGGGAGGAAGGGCAGAUAAGCUUCCCGCCGACGUACAAAUACCUCGCCGACUCCGACACCUACGCCGCCGCCGCCGCCUUCACCUCCUCCGCCAGCAAGAAGCGCACCCCGGCAUGGUGUGACCGCAUCCUGUGGCGCGGUUCGGGGAUGGAGCAGGUGCGGUACGCGCGCGGGGAGUCGCGGUUCUCCGACCACCGCCCCGUCAACUCCCUCUUCUCCGUGCAGCUCGCCGCCGGCGGUAACAACGCCAAGUCCGACCACCUCCACCUCCUGCUCCUCCGCCCACGGGCCGCCGGACCUGAAGCAGCAGCUGGCAUCGGCCUCCGCUCAUCCAGAUUCUGACACACACACGUAGAUGAGCAUGUAGUAUGCCUACUCACUAGCCUGCCAGGAUCGAUGAAGGGCUGCCGGAUCGAGAGCAAACAGAUUGCCGUUGGAUGAGCAGACAAGCUUGUGGCGAAUCGAUGGAGGAGAGAGGGUAGACUAGCGCAGUGUUGACACACGAACAGGGGACAUUCUUCUUGGGAACCCAAUACCCAACGGAAUGGAGUUUUGUCUACUGCCCAUACUGCUGCCAGACUACGGGCUGGCAUCUGCAGCUUUGAUUAGUAAUUGUACCCCUGUACAGAUUAAUCCUAGUAGGAGUACUAUUAAACGGGAUUUAGAAUGAAUUGGGAUAAAAAAAAAUAAACUUUUAAAAAAAA